GCCGCACCUCGGAGAUGGCCACACCGCUGCCGCCGCCGCUGCUGCUGCUCCCGCUGCUGGCCGGCCUGGCCGCCGGCUUAAGCGUCCAACAGGUGGAGCUGCUGAAAUCGGCGCUGGUCGAGUGCGCGGGCGGCAUCAGCGAGGGCGCCUGCCGCAGCAUCUGCCGCUACAAAUCGUCGCCGCUUAUUUCACGGUGUGACGAGUGUUACCCGGGGGUGUGCGGGGCCGAGCCGGCAGCGCCGCGCCGCUCAUCGGGCCGGCUGAUCGCGCCCACGUACGGCACGGUCGACGACCACGCGGACUGCCAGGACGCGAACGGCAUACUGCGGCCCGUCUUCACCACCUGGUACGACAACCAGCAGUACCCCUGCCUGUUGUACACCUGCAAAAUCAACGCCGUCAUCGAUGUGGUCGACCUGGGCGCCAAUUGUGAGGAGGAGCCGACAGACCUCGGCGAAUGCACCAGUACCCGCAAUAUAGGCCAGUGCUGUUACAACUACACGUGCAACCUGCCCAACGACCAAACGCUGUCCGGCUGCGUGUAUGACAACACGCCUUACGCGCACGGCGAAACCUGGGUGGACGACCUCCUUAACCCGUGCGUCACCUACGCCUGCAACAAUGGCGUUGUCGCCAUCAUCCAGGACGUGAGGCCGCUGUGCCCGACGGGACCUGACUCGCACUGCAUUCCGUACCGCGCGGACGGGCAGUGCUGCUACAGCUUCAACUGCUCCAUCAUCAACGGCCUGCAGCCGUGCCGGGACGCGGUCGGCAACAUCCGGCCGCACUCUUCCGUCUGGUACGACGAUCCGACCUUCCCGUGCGUUAAGUUCGUCUGCAACAACGGGUCGGCCAUCGCGGUAGUGGACAGGCGGGGCGAGUGUGACACGGAGCCGGAUACGCCCGGCUGCCACGCGUCCCGCGAGGAAGGCCAGUGCUGCUUCAAUUAUACCUGCGGCUGCCUGUUCAACGGCGAGCUGAAGCCGAACGGCGCCGAGUUCCCCGACAACCCGGUGCACCCGUGCGCGCUGCUCCGCUGCGAGCAGGGCACCGUGGUCACCGUCACCGAGGAGCACUGCCCCACGCUGACCUGCUCCAACCAAGUGUGGCCGCUUGGACAGUGCUGCCGUACCUGCGCGCCGUGCGCCUACAACGGCGUCCAGUACCCGGUGGGCGACACGUGGUUCGACGACCCGACCCACCCGUGUGAGCUCUACCGGUGCGACAAUGGCUACCCAGUGGUGGUACAGAACACCACCUGCGAGCCAGCCCCCAGCGACAGCUGCACCCCCUGGCACAUGGAGGGCAUUUGCUGUCCCAAGUGGGACUGCACGGACGCUCCAUGUGAACACAACGGCGUGAUCCGUGAGCACGGCACCACGUGGCCGGAGAACCCACUCCGGCCGUGCCGCCACCUGACGUGCAACAACAGCGAGGUAGAGGUGGCCUCGGAGGCGGCACCCUGCGAAGGGCCACCCGACCCCAGCUGCGUGGAGAGGCACGUGCCCUACCAGUGCUGCCCGGUCUUCGACUGCGUCCAAAUUCAGUGCACAUACGGAGACCAAGUGUACGAGGAGGACGAGACCUGGUACGACGACCCCAGCCACCCCUGCAAACACUUCAAGUGCACCAAGACGGGCACGGUUAAAACCAAGGACCUGAGUAUCAGCUGCCCGCCGCUGGUACCGCAUGACUGCCCCAGCAUGCGCGUACUGGGCGAGUGCUGCAAAGUCUGCAUAGAGCAGGACGUGGAGUGUCUCGAUGACAACGGCGGGACCCACAGCAUCAACGAGACGUUCUUCAUCGACCCGGUCACGCAGUGCCACCUGGUGCGCUGUGUGGACAACGGUAGCGUGACGGUAUAUGAUCGGAGGGAAAACUGCCCGGCUGACCCGCGCCAGGACAACCCCAACUGUACGGUGAUCGCGUUCGAGAACUGCUGCCCCGUCUACCAGUGCCCCAACUGCACUGACAACGGCGUCGAGUACGCCCACGGAGCCAGAUGGUGGGUCACGCCCCAGCGCCAGUGCACACGCAAGAUGUGCCAGAAGGACGGCAACCCGACGGUGCUGUUCACCCGCCUGCCGUGUCCGCCCGUGCGCGAGGGCUGCGUGCCCAACUUCCGCGGUGUCGAGUGCUGCCACUACAAAUACACGUGCAUGUUCGACCCGCAGCACAACCUCAUCCCGAUGCCGUACGUGGACAGCGCCACAGCUCGACUGAGCGCGGCUACCCGUUUCCCGGGCAGCGGGCGGGGCUCGGGCUAGCCAGCUCCCGAGGCGGGACGUUGGCAGCGGUGCCGGUGCCGCGGCGCGGCUCACCAGCACCGUCGGCAGCCCAGUGGCACGCGCUACCGGCUCGGUGGUGUGACGUCCCAACUCGAUCCCUGAUUCUGGUAGAUAUACUCGUCGCACGGGCUUAGAGUCUAGUUUAAUUCGACUCGUCUCACUUCCCUUAGCUAUACAUUCCUAAUCAUAGUUUUCCGAACGGUUUGCGGACAUAGGGUGCUUGGCUUUACCCUAUACUACUGUGUUCAAACACCCGUGUGUCUCCACUUGGUCAAAGUGCACCUCCGCAUCUGCAUACCAAGACGUAGGCAAUGUGCUACCUUAAACUGAAUAUUUGCGCUUCACGACUGCAUGAGUAAUGAACUGAAAUGGAUGCGCUGUCUAAUAAAUUUAUUCUCAAAGAAUGCCUACGUCAUGUGGUCGUGCUUUAGCCGGGCACGUUGGUUGUAGCUAGCCGAUUGAAUGCUCGUAAUUGUAGUCGAAAUAUUCGUUUUCACAGGGCCAUUUGCGUGUCCUUUGUUGGAAACAUGCUAGUAUGUUGCGCUUCCACCAUGAUAUUCACGUUUUCAACCUUGAUUUAUGUAUCCGGCGCUGAGAUUCGACCGUUCUCUGCAGCGGACUUAAUCAUGCUUCGUUAUCAUACGUUUGCGUUUUAGCCACAACAGAAUAUAUAAAAAUGAGUUGUUAAUGAACUGUGAUGAAUACCAUUGGUACUCAGUGCAUAUACCAUGUGUAAUGCAAUAAAAUAAAUACACAAAGUAAAUAAAAUAACCAUUGGUUAUUGGU